CAAUCAGCUUGCGGCUGGACUGAGGAGGCGGGCCCCGCUGGUUGCCUGGGUGACGGGUUGGUUGGUUUCACCCCCAGCCGAGGGGACAGUGGCGGUGCGGGCAGCGGGCAGUAGUGACCAAAGGCUCCACUCAGGAUCACAGUCUGCUUGUGCUACUUGCUGCACACAGGGAGCCAUGGUGCCUUGAAGAAUUUACAAUUUAAACAGACAAGACAUAAACCUAGUAAUAGAGAUGAUAUAAGCAAAAUGUCAAAGGCAAAGAUGUCACAGGUUAAGCAAGUGGGCCUUUUAGCUGCUGGAUGUCAGCCUUGGAACAAAGAUGUAUGUGCUGCUAGUGGGGAUAGAUUUGCUUAUUGUGCCACACUUGCUAUUUAUAUUUACCAGUUGGAUCACCGAUAUAAUGAAUUCAAACUCCGGGCAAUUAUGUCUGAGCAUAAAAAGACAAUCACAGCAAUAUCUUGGUGUCCCCACAACCCUGACAUGUUUGCAAGUGCCAGUGCAGAUAAUUUAGUGAUCAUUUGGAAUGUGGCUGAACAAAAAGCUGUUGCAAAACUGGACAGUACAAAAGGGGUUCCUGCCUCACUUAGUUGGUGCUGGAAUGCAGGUGAUGCAGUUGCAUUUGUUUCCCAUAGAGGCCCAUUGUAUAUUUGGACUAUCUCAGGACCAGACAGUGGGGUAGCUGUACAUAAAGAAGCACAUAGUUUCUUGUCAGACAUUUGUCUAUUUAGAUGGCAUCCAAAGAAGAAAGGAAAAGUAGUAUUUGGACACACUGAUGGAAGUCUUUCUAUUUUUCAACCAGGUUCUAAGAGUCAGAAACAUGUCCUAAGACCAGAGUCUCUUGAAGGGACAGAUGAGGAGGAUCCAGUGACAGCCCUGGAAUGGGACCCUCUGUCGACUGAUUAUCUUCUUGUUGCUAAUUUACAUAAUGGCAUUCGACUAGUUGAUUCUGAGUCUCUCUGCUGUAUCACAGUAUUUAAUUUUCCUAGUGCAGCAGCAUCAGUUCAGUGCUUAGCCUGGGUUCCUAGUGCUCCUGGAAUGUUUAUUACUGGAGAUUCUCAGGUUGGAGUGUUACGUAUUUGGAAUGUUUCACGCACAACACCUAUAGAUAAUUUUAAAUUGAAGAAAACAGGGUUCCAUGGUUUACAUGUGCUCAAUUCUCCUCCAAAGAAAAAGUCACUUUCAUCACAUUCUCCUACUAAAAAUCAUCAUACAUCAUCUACCAGUGAGGCCGUUCCACCCCCAACUCUAACCCAAAACCAAGCAUUCUCUCUUCCUCCUGGCCAUGCUGUCUGCUGUUUUAUGGAUGGUGGAGUGGGACUUUAUGACAUGGGAGCCAAGAAAUGGGAUUUCCUUAGAGAUUUGGGACAUGUUGAAACCAUCUUUGACUGUAAAUUCAAACCCGAUAACCCUGACCUUCUAGCUACAGCAUCAUUUGAUGGGACAAUAAAAGUUUGGGAUAUAAACACUUUAACAGCAGUCUACACCUCUCCUGGGAAUGAGGGGGUCAUUUAUUCUCUUUCUUGGGCUCCAGGGGAUUUGAACUGCAUAGCUGGUGCAACCUCCAGGAAUGGUGGUUUUAUCUGGGAUGUCCCUAGAGGCAAAAUGGUAACCCGGUUCAGUGAGCAUGGAAAGAAUGGAAUCUUCUGCAUUGCCUGGAGUCAUAAAGAUUCCAAAAGAAUAGCGACCUGCAGUGGCGAUGGAUUCUGUAUUAUUCGAACCAUUGAUGGCAAAGUUCUUCACAAGUACAAACAUCCAGCUGCAGUUUUUGGUUGUGAUUGGAGCCAAAACAACAAAGAUAUGAUAGCCACUGGAUGUGAAGAUAAAAAUGUUCGUGUUUAUUACCUAGCAACAAGCUCUGAUCAGCCACUGAAGGUUUUUACGGGGCAUACUGCAAAGGUGUUUCAUGUAAGGUGGUCUCCUCUGAGAGAAGGAAUCCUCUGCAGUGGUUCUGAUGAUGGCACUGUUCGAAUAUGGGAUUACACACAAGAUGCUUGUAUAAAUGUUCUUAGUGGACAUACAGCACCAGUACGGGGACUAAUGUGGAAUACUGAAAUCCCUUACCUAUUAAUAUCAGGCAGCUGGGACUAUACAAUUCGGGUGUGGGACACAAGAGAUGGAACCUGUCUAGACACAGUUUAUGAUCAUGGUGCAGAUGUAUAUGGAUUAACAUGUCAUCCUAGUCGUCCAUUCACUAUGGCCUCUUGUUCUCGUGACUCCACUGUGAGACUUUGGUCUUUAACACCGCUGAUAAACCCUCUCCAAAUAAAUAUCCUGGCAGACAGAUCUUGGGAUGAGAUCAUUGGCAAUACUGAUCGUGCUGUGGAACCAGGUGCUCCUCCCUUGCUAUGUGGUAAAGUAUCCAGGGAUAUUAAACAGGAGGUGGACAAGCUGAUUGGUAAUCCUCGAGGGAAAAAACUAAGGUGGUUUUCAGAAUGUUUGUCACCUCCAGGAGGCAGUAAAAAUUUAUGGGACCUCGUUGCUGUAAUAAAAGGACAGGACGAUAGCUUGCUUCCACAAAAUUACUGCAAAGGAAUUAUGCAUAUGAAACAUCUGGUUAGAUUUAGAAUGUCCAAAGCCCAAGAACUAACAACAGUAAAAAUGUCCAAAUUUGGAGGAGGUAUUGGUGCACCUAGCAAGGAGGAAAGGCUAAAAGAAGCAGCGGAAAUACAUUUAAGAUUAGGACAAAUUCAGAGAUACUGUGAACUUAUGGUGGAGCUUGGAGAGUGGGACAAAGCACUCUCAGUUGCACCAGGUGUUUCUAUGAAAUACUGGAAGAAGCUAAUGCAAAGGAGAGCUGACCAGUUAAUUCAGGAGGAAAAUGAUGAUGUUAUCCCAUACUGCAUAGCUACUGGUGAUGUGGAGAAACUAGUCACUUUUUUUACUUCAAGAGGCCAACUUAAAGAGGCUCUGCUUGUUGCACAGGCAGCUUGUGAGGGAAAUAUGCAAAUCUUACAGCUUUCAGCAUCAAAUGGAUCUUCAAAUACUGAUGGAAAUUUGGAAGAUUACAAUGAACUCCUCCACAGAGUCAGUAAAGAACUGGCAGAGUGGUAUUUCCAGGAUGGCCGUGCAGUGCUUGCAGCGUGUUGCCAUCUAGCUGUUGAGAAUAUUGAGCUUGCCAUGGCAAACCUGAUUCGUGGAAAUGAACUGGAGUUGGCAGUCAGUGUGGGUACUGUCUUAGGAGAAAGUGCAGCGCAAGCAACACAUUAUGCUCUAGAGUUACUAGCAAGAAAAUGUAUGACAGUAACAACAUGCUUUCCAUCUCUUGGAUACAGGGACUUGGCAGCAGAUCUUCUCAUGAUGACUCCCAAUAAUGAACUGCAGUUAGUAAAGCUAUGUGCUUUCUAUCCUGGAUCCACAGCAGAGAUAAAUGACCUACAUGAAAAGUGUAAUCUACCAGAUGUAGAAGAGUGUAUGCAGCUAGCAGAGACUGCUCAGGCAAAUGGGGACAUAUUUGAAAUCAUAAAAUACUAUUUGUUAAGUACAGAACCAGAAAAAGCCCUUCCUCUUGGCAUUCAAUAUAUUAAAGAACAAAUCAGUAGCUCAGAUUGGACUUUGGAUUCAGUGUGUCCCUUUCUUGAUCUUCUAAGCUAUAUACGCACUGAAAGAUUAGUGCUGCAUAAAUGUAGUGAAGUUCGGAAUGAGCUGCUGAUAUUGUCUGGUUACGCUGGUGCUUUACUUGCUAUUAGAAGACAGUAUGCUAGCAUUGUACCUGCACUUUAUGAAUACACAAGUCAGCUUUUAAAACGACGGGAGGUAUCUGUACCCCUGAAAAUUGAACAGCUUUCUGAGGAACUAGAUGCUUGGAGAGCUUGUACUCAGUUCGUCAACAAAUCUACUGAUGAAUUAUCAUAUACCCCUCCAUCCGAAUCACAGAGAAUGGUUUAUUCAACAUUGGUAUCACGAAUAAAAGAAGAGCCUCUUAAAGGAAUUAUUGGACCAGAUUACGUCACUGGGUCUAAUCUUCCUAGUCACUCAGAUGUUCACAUCUCUUGUUUGACAGGGUUAAGGAUACAGGGUCCAGUGUUUUUCCUUGAAGAUGGAAAAUCAGCUAUUUCACUGAAUGAUGCUUUGAUGUGGGCCAAAGUGAAUCCCUUCUCACCAUUAGGAACAGGAAUACGACUCAACCCAUUCUGAUAAGACUUUUUCCUCUGUAGUGCUUAAAACAAGUAACAUCCAGUAGGUUAACAUUACUUUAACCUUGAUUGUUGAAGGAUAGAAAGAUGGCAGUUGAUUCUUCCUGAAGGACAAUUAUUUGAAUUUUGCAAAAUGUAAAUGAGAAAAUGAAAAAUAGAUUUAUAUAUAUAUAUAUAAAGUUAUAUGAUAAUCCAAAGAAAAAAUGUCCUUACAUAAUUGACAGCCAUGUUUUUUUAAAAAAGAGAAUACUGUCAGACAACAUAAAAACAUUUCAGUAAUUUUUUGUGAGCAAAUUGUAAACCAAGUAAAGAAAUAUCUGAACAUUAGCAAAAUACUGGGGUAGCUGAAACUGUGAAAUUCAGAAGACAUUAUUAAAUACAUCAGUAUGCAUUUAUGCUUUUAUGAAUUGCCACUGAGAUACAGCUGAGUUUCAUACAUUCUGUAUGCCCUUUUGUUUGUAUCUAAUACUUGGUAAAAUGUGAUUCUAAAGAGUGAUAGUGUAAAUUAAAUGACAACAUAGUCAAAAUACUUCAAUUUUUAAUUAAAAAAUCUUUCCAUACAAUAAAUAUUGAAGCUUUAACAGGAAAAGAGAAGUCAUUUUGAUGAAUAUCUAGAUUAGGAUAAAUUAUUCUAUUUUCUAAUAAAUCCAUCUUUAGCACUUCCCCCAUUAUAUUUUAUUGAGCGCUAAAAUGUGUUCUAUGAACCUUAUUUUUUAAUAAAUAGCUUGUAAGUAAUAAACAGCUUAUUUAAUGAAAAUUAUUGAAAUACAUUAUGUAAAUUAAAAUUUUUGUUUUUUAAUUUUGUAUAGAUUGUAAAAAUUUGUAUGGUAUUGAGGAUCUGAUACAUAAAUAUGUGGGCAUUGCUUUAUUUAGUUGGAUGGUUAGUUCACAUAUAGUAUCAUGUGCGCAAAUGAAAGAAAAAAUGAUGGCAGUAGAAUAUUUUAUUCUAAAAAUUGUUCAUAAUAUCGAAUACCUGCCUGAGAAGACCAGUUGUUCACAGAUAGAAUUGUUCUUCCAUCAAAUAGUAUUAGAAAUCCUUUUGCUGGGUUCCCUGAUCUGCAUGUUAGUGGCACUGUUCUCAUCAGCUUCACUUUCUCUUUCCCCUGCCUCUCCCUCCCCGCCCCCCCCCAAAAACAAACAAACAUUAUUCUGGUUACGAUAUCAAGAGAUAAUAAUAAAAAUGACUGAAAAUGUUUUAAAUAACCUGUUCAAAAUAGGAAUAACACAAGAUAUAGCCCUUCUCAUCGUAAAAUGCCUUGCAAACCUAAUCCUCACACGAUCCCUAUGAGGUAGUAAGGAAUGUCCUCAUUUUACUAAGUGGAAACUGAGAUAGAGAGGCUAGCUGAUCAGCCCUAGGCUACAGAGGAAGUUAAAACUCAGGAAUUCUAUGAAAUAUGGAAAAAACAAACAUUUUUCUUUUUUUAGUUUAAAGUUAAUAAUUUUAUUCCACAAAGGGCUUAUUGAAUUUAUUACAGAUUUUUGGCGCCUCAAAUAAAUAGUACAUCCUAACUACCAGCCCUUGUUUUGCAAGAGAGUUAGGUAUCACUUUAUUGCUUCUACCAUUUGAGAUUUGUUUCUCUUUGUUUAAUUAUAUGGAGUUUGGGGAAUGAGAGUUGGAAUUCAGAAAAAAGAACCAUUAUACUAAUUUGUGGAAGAACUAUAACCGCUCCAGCUGUGAAUAAACUAUGGUUAUUUUUGUUGAAUCAAAGAUCAGUAGUUACCUUGUGCUGUGUGACUUGUAUGUCCGAUGUGUAUGUAAAAGAAAUAUAGGCAUUUUCAGAUGGGGAAAGAUGGAGAGGAUUGAUCAUAAACACCAAAGUUUGUUUAACUGUAUGAAUUGGAAUCUGAAGGAUUGACUCAACUGCCACUCUAUUCUUUAAAUCUUUGGUAAUAUCCUGAAGAUUUGUACUUAAGUCUUUUAAAUAAUUAUAAAUAUGUAGUAAAACUGCAUCAAUUUGUGGAAGUUGUGCCUUAGUGUGGAAUCUCAGACAAAUCUAUUCCCGCUUUUGACACUGAGGGAGGCAAAUUAUUUUUUCAUUGUUAGGUUUAGAGUAUAAAAAUUGAGUUAAAGGGCAUUUUUUAUAUUAGAAAUAUGUCUGCUAAUAGUCUUUGUGAACAAAAAUUAUGUUGUAUUUGCUUUAAGGUAGUCCUUACCCUAUGUGGGGGGAAAACGUAAGAAAACAUAUUGUAAAUGUGCAUUUACUGUUACAAUAAAUGUAGUCGUAACUGUCAAAACAUAGCUGCAUCAAUGUUUUCCAAAAUAAUUUCAGGUUGUUUGCUAAAAUGUGAUUUCAUUGUCAAGCAGAACUGCUCAACUAUAGCUAUUUCCCCUCCAUAUUAAAAAAAAAAUUUCUGAUGUCUUCACCUUCAAAUAAUUGCUAUACAGUGUCUGAAUUUCUCUAUUGCUUUCCAGGCAAAAAUACUAAAAGCCGUAAAACUUUUAUAUCCUGUAA